AUGAAGCCACGUAAGGAUAAUGAUUUCUCAGCAAUCUCUAAACCGGUUUUCUUUGUCAAUUUCAAGAUGCCGGCCACAGCAGGUAGGGUUCGUAUGCCCGCAAACAAUCGGGUGCACAGUAGUGCAGCCCUGCAAACUCACGGUAUAUGGCAAAGCGCCAUUGGGUACGACCCUUACGCACCCAACAAGGAAGAUAAUAAUAAAUCAUCUCAGAAGUCGAUCAAUUCUGAACCGGAGGGUGAGAAUGCAUAUGCAAGCUUUCAGGGCUUGCUUGCACUUGCCCGUAUAACUGGUUCCAAUGCCGAUGAGGCUCGUGGGUCAUGUAAGAAAUGUGGCCGUGUGGGGCAUUUAACAUUUCAGUGCAGAAACUUUUUGACUGUUAAGGAUGAGAGCAAGGAGAAAGACCCAGAAGCAAUUCAGGCUGCAGUUUUGUCUGGAUUGGAGAAAUUGAAGGGGAAUGGGGCUAAGAUGAGUGGUAAAACAGCAUCUGAGAGCUCGGAUGAGAGUGAGGAAGAGGAGACUGAGAGUUCGGAUUCGGAUUAUGAUUCGGAGAUUGAGAGAGCUAUUUCUAAGAAGUAUGGAAAAAAGAUGAGCAGUAAGUUGAAGCCAUCGAGAAAGAAGAAGGAUGAUUUGGAUGAAAAUGACCGGGAGUUAGGAGAGAGGAAGAAGAGGGGAAGGUCGAAGAGGAGGAGAAGUGGGAAGAGGUCCGAUACAGAUUCUAAUGAUGAGCAUGAGGGCAGCAAGAGGAGGAGGAAGGAGAAGAAGAGAAGAGACGAGUCGUCAGAUGAGGAAGAGACUCGACAUAGGAGAAGGAAAAGUAGGAAGGAGAAGAGGAGGAGGAGAAGUCAUCCACAUUCUAAUGAUUCGAAUGAAUCUGAGGAUUCAUGUAGACGGCAUAAGCGGAGGAGCAGGAGGGCAUCUUUGCCAGAGGAUUCACGAGUUGGCAGGGACAAACAGAGGAUUGAUAAGAAGAGCAGGAAACACCAAAAUGAUGAAGAGGACUAGUUUCUUUACUGAAGGUGAUACAUCACAUACUCUUCACAUUGCUGUUGUGUAUUGUUAUAUGAAAUUGCAUUACUUUCAUUAUGAAAAGAAAUAAUGUGAUGGUUGAUUCUACAAUCUACUUAAAGAGGAUGUGGCUUUGGAUUGUACUUUUCAUGUAGGGUUGAGAUGCCGGUUGAUAUGUUUGAAUUUUGCUUUAUCAAUGGUUGCCUGAUACGUGCAAACACUUUCUCUCGAUCUCUAUUGAAUCCGUUUAAGUUCAUUUUUGUGAUUUUAAACCUAGAAUUUUUAUUUUUCCUGUUCCUUGUGCAAUGAUUAAAUUUCCAUAGCAAAUAAUGAAAAAACUCAAUCAGUUAGAGCAGUGAUAGUGUCUGUGUCAUGUCCUAUCCAUAUCCUGAGUCCAUGUUCAUGGUUCUAUCCCUACCAUACUAUAGUUGUACUAUCAUUUGUCGCUCAACUACCUUUUUCACUGUCAUUAUUAUCUAUUGGUUGUUGUCAUUUUGUUGGCUUGUCCGGUUCUUGCUAUCAUUGCCUUAGAAGCUCAAACACGGACAUGAGACAAGGAUACAACACGAUAUUGACACGUUGACACUAAAUUUUUAAAGAUAUACGACACAAACACAGUGGGGGACACAAGAAAUAUUAUGUAUUUAUUUUGAUACAUAGAUGAUCAUGAACUAGAAUACUAACAUUUAAAUUGAAGGAUCAACAAAUCAUAAGAGAGCAAUUAUCAAUUCAUUAAUAAGACAAUUCCAAGAUUGUCACAUCAACAAUUUUAUUACUUUAUAAGAUUAUUUUCAUAGGUUGUGGAGUGUUGCGUUGCUCUUUAUUCUUGUGAGCCGAAGUUUGUAACUUCGUAGACCCUACUUAAUGUUCGUAUUUGAAAUUAUGUUUGUAUCCAUGUCCCGUGUGGUGACUGGAAGGUUCUGCAAAUAGUUAUUAGUUUGCGUGAUUGCACAAGAGCAAGAUAGGGAAAGGGGGAGAAAGAGAGAGAGGAAGAGGGAGAGGAGAGAGAUAUGGGAGUGGGAAGUAAUCAAGAGAGAUAAAUUAUAUUGGUAGUUGAGUAUUGUUGAAUUGCGAGUUAUAGGUGAUUAAGAGGAUAUAAAUGAUAGGUGAUUAAGAGGUUAUAAGUGAUUGAUGGAGGAAAAUAGGUAUCCUAUAUUAUGGAUAUUUCACAUGUGAACACCAUGCCCUUAGGGUUCAAAGUAUUGACAGAGUCUGAUACGACUCGGCCACUGCCGAUCUGAUACCGGUACACAUUACAUAAAAAUCCUGUUUUCACCUGAAUUGAUGAUGACUCGGUUCUGAAUUGAUGGUAUCGAUCUGAUUAGAAGUCAUUUGGGGGUAACUUGGACAAUUCAUAUCGGAAUCAGACCAAUAUGGUGAAAAUGUCCACCAAAUCUCAAAAAAUCUUAGAGAAAAUGCAAAAGGCAAAAUAAACAUAUGAGAAUAAAGAAAAAAUCGAACAGAAUCACAGAAAUCAGAUGCACUUGAAAUCUAAAAUUUUCAGACACUAAUCGCAAGAAAUCUCCUUUUGGAAAUUGUAUAUAUACAACAAGAAUAUUUUGAAAAAGAAAUGAAGGAAAAUCUAAACGAGUAAGAGCCUCGCUAGAUCUUUUUCUUCUACAAAGCAGCGACUCAGAUCCUUCGUCUGAGACAAAACAUCUCUUUCUCUCUCUUUGUCUAAAGCAAUGCUCAAUUUCUCUCUUUUUCUCUCUCUUUGUUUUUCUCUCUCUGAACAAGUGAGUCUCGUUCUCUGUCUAUAAACGAGUAGUCUAGUCUAGAUAUAUUGGACUAAAAAGUGAGAGACCACUAGUCCAGUCUAGUUUCUAGAAUAUUCUUUUUUUUUUUUUU